AUGGUGCAAAAUGAUAGUGUUGAAAUAAACAGGCCAAGAGCAUUCAUUUCAUUAGUAGAAAAUGAAUAUUUGUUAUUUAUUAUUGAUGGACAAUUAGCAAUUGGAAAAGUUAUUUCAAAUCAGUUGGAAAUAGACAUGCUUGUUAAGGCUCAAACUCCUAAUCCCGUUCCUAAUGAUACAGAGGUAGUAGGACAAGAAAUCAUUGGUGCUGGUACUUCAGCAUUCCAAGUGUUUGAUGAAUUAGAGCAAGAAAAAAGGACGCCUGCUGUUUAA